AUGGCUACAACUGUACAGAGUCCCGAGCAGGUUGAGAACCCAACGAAGUCUUUCAUCAUGGCAGUUUCCAUGAUUGGAGUGUCUGAAAUUGGGGACAAAACUUUUCUAAUAGCUGCUUUGAUGGCAAUGCGUCAUCCUAGAUUGCUAGUGUUUUCCUCUGCAGCCUCAUCGCUGGCUAUAAUGACAAUCUUGUCAGGUAUAGUUGGCCAUUCUUUUAUUACUUUGAUAUCUGAGCGCCACACUCAUUUCAUUGCAGGUAUUAUGUUUUUGAUCUUCGGUUAUAAAUUGACUCUCGAAGGUCUAGAGAUGAGCAAGGAUGCAGGUGUUGAGGAGGAGCUCGCUGAAGUUGAGGAGGAGAUCGCUGUCAGUGACUUCAACAAAAACUUGCAUAACACUGAAACUGCAGGCAUUCCAGAGGGAAGACUUGCUAGAGGUGCUUCAGGAUUCAAGAGGUUUGCUGCUAAAGUCAGCGAUGCGACAUCAAUUGUUCUUUCUCCCCUUUGGGUUCAAAUAUUUACCAUGAUUUUCCUUGGAGAGUUUGGAGAUAGAUCUCAAAUUAGCAUCGUUGCUAUGGCUUCCGAUCGAUACUAUUGGCAUGUCAUCUCUGGUGCUGUUGUGGGGCACCUACUCUGUACAGGUAUCGCUGUGCUUGGCGGCAAACUGUUGGCUUCCAAGAUCAGUAUGAGAACUGUUACCUUGGGUGGUGCAUUUUCAUUCUUCAUUUUCGCCAUUUUGUACAUCUACGAAGCUUUCACUCUAGAAGAGAGCGCCUAG